AUACAUAAAAAACUACUAAUCUAAAUUGACGCCUCUUAGGAAAAAAAAAUCGUAGAUAAAGCAAGCUGCUAACAAUGUCUUCCUCAAAGGCUCUUUUAGUGCUGGAAAACUUUAUAGCUGGCAAAUUUGUUCCUUGUUCCUCCUACAUAGACUCCUAUAAUCCGUCAACAGGAGAUAUCUACUGCAGGGUGCCAGACAGUGGCAAAGAAGAGGUGGAAGCUGCUGUCAGAGCUGCCAAAGAUGCCUUCCCAAUUUGGUCCUCAAAAAGUCCAUUGGAAAGAUCUCAGAUCCUAAACAAACUGGCAGACCUGAUUGAACAUGACCUGGAAGCGUUUGCACAAGCAGAGUCAAAGGAUCAGGGCAAAACUGUUACAUUUGCUAGGACAGUGGAUGUCCCUCGGGCAGUGUACAACUUCCGAUUCUUCGCCUCCUCUAUCCUUCAUCACACGACAGAGUGCACCGAGAUGGCAGCCGUGGGCUGCCUGCAUUACACCGCUAGGACACCUGUGGGAAUUGCUGGUUUAAUCAGUCCUUGGAAUUUGCCACUAUACUUAUUGACCUGGAAAAUAGCUCCUGCCAUUGCAUGUGGAAAUACUGUAGUUGCCAAGCCAAGCGAGAUGACAUCUGUCACAGCUUGGAUGAUGUGCAAGCUCUUUGGUAAAGCAGGAAUACCCCAUGGGGUGGUGAACAUGGUGUUUGGAAUGGGCUCCAAGGCAGGAGAAGCUAUCGUCUGCCAUCCCGAUGUGCCGCUGAUCUCCUUCACGGGAAGCACGCUCACGGCCCAGCGCAUCACAGAGAAAAGUGCCCCUCACUGUAAAAAGCUUUCCCUGGAACUGGGAGGCAAGAAUCCUGCCCUCGUCUUUGAUGAUGCUGACUUGAACCAAUGCAUCCCUGCCACCGUGAGGUCCAGCUUUGCCAACCAGGGUGAGAUCUGUCUCUGCACCUCCAGGAUCUUUGUUCAGAGGGGCAUAUAUAAUGAAUUUCUGAAGAAGUUUGUAGCAGAGACUAAGAAGUGGAAGGUUGGAAACCCCUCAGAUCCUACUGUCGACGUGGGAGCACUAAUAAGUAAAGAGCAUCUAGAAAAGGUAAGGAACUACGUGAAGAAAGCCCAGGCUGAAGGAGCCAGGAUCCUUUGUGGAGAGGGAGUGGAUUCCUUGGCUCUCCCAGCUGGCAACGAGAAAGGGUAUUUCAUGCUGCCCACAGUUAUUACGGAAGUCAAGGAUGAAUCUUGUUGCAUGCAAGAAGAGAUCUUUGGUCCUGUAACAUGUGUGGUAGCAUUUGAUACAGAAGAAGAAGUGAUUGAGAGAGCCAACGGUGUCAAAUAUGGCUUGGCAGCCACUAUAUGGUCCAGCAAUGUGAGCCGCGUUCAUCGAGUGGCACAAAGACUACAAUCUGGAUUGGUGUGGACCAACUGCUGGCUUGUUAGAGACCUGAACUUGCCAUUUGGUGGGAUGAAAGCCUCAGGUGUAGGAAGGGAGGGAGCAAAGGAUUCCUAUGAGUUUUUCACUGAGGUCAAAACCAUCACAAUAAAGCACUGACGUGUGUCAAUGAAAGUAUUUUAAGGUGAAAUAAAUGACAGUUAUUUGAGUCACCAUGAAUGUCUUUCUGGAACAGACUGCUAUUUUGGCCAGCUUUUUCUUAAACUCUGGUCAAGCAGUAUCAGUGAUGGCUGAAAACAGUCUCCACAGAUGGUAAUGUUGAAUGUAGCCUUUCAUGUUAGACAGGAAGCUCAGUGUGGACUCCACAGCUAACCUAUCCCAAACCAGAUGAGUUGAUUGUCUCACAGAUCCUAAAGUUUUUUCAAUAUUCCUAUCUAAAAAAUCUUUCCCUCUAAGGCAGACUGGAGACAGGAUGAUAUACAACUGUAUCUGUGGUUGGUGAAUUAUGAGAGACAAAGAGGCAAGUACAUGGAGAGGUAGAUAUUGUAAUGGGAAUCAUCCCAUUUCCACUAUAAAUAGUAAGUUCCACAUGCUAAUCCAUUUUACACUUCUCUAUCAGACAAGGACUAAUGCAUUUGCCCACUAAAUGCCUGAGGCAGUGUCUUUUAAUCUAUUAAGUUGUAUAAAGCUAUAGAGUCAUGAAAUUCUCAUGACAUACAGAGACAAUAAACAUUUUAAUUAUAACCUG